CUUCCCUUGGCUUCUUGAUGUUUGAAGAGCUGUCCUAUUCUACUUCCUAUCUACAUUAAUGAGAAUUCCAUGAUGCCACAACCAAGCUCUAUGCUUUUACUGAUCUCGUCUCUUCUAGCAGCUUUGCCCGCAACCAGCGCCAGCGGCUUGUAUACUAAGAACUCACCCGUCCUGCAGCUUAACCAGCAGACCUACAACCAGCUAAUUGCCAAUUCAAAUCAUACAUCAAUUGUAGAAUUCUACGCCCCUUGGUGCGGACAUUGCCAGAACCUGAAACCAGCAUAUGAAAAGGUAGCUAAAAAUCUCGAGGGUUUGGCGAAAGUUGCGGCUGUCAAUUGCGAUGACGACGCGAACAAACCCUUCUGCGGCCAAAUGGGAAUCCAGGGCUUUCCGACCUUGAAGAUUGUGACCGCGUCAAAGCAACUCGGGAGACCGUUGGUGGAAGACUAUCGUGGUGCUCGAAGCGCGAAGGCUAUAGCUGAUGCGGUGGCGGAGCGAAUACCGAAUCAUGUAAAGAGGCUCACGGACAAAAAUCUAGAUGGCUGGCUUUCCGAGAACGAGGCACUUCCCAAGGCUAUUCUGUUUACAAACAAGGGAACAACAAGUGCCCUCAUUCGUGCUCUCGCGGUUGAUUUCUUGGGUGGAAUAAAGUUUGCACAGAUUCGGAACAAGGAGACUGAGGCCGUGGAGAAAUUUGGCGUCAAGCAGUUCCCUACGCUCAUCUUGCUACCUGGAGAUGGGAAGGAACCAAUUACCUACGACGGUGAGUUGAAGAAGAAACCAAUGGUGGAGUUUUUGAGCCAGGCAGCUGCACCGAAUCCGGAUCCCGCGCCUGCAAAGGCCAAAUCCAGGUCUGUGGAUAAUCGAGCUGAAAAACUCAAGCCGACUGAAUCCCCCGACCCCCAAGUCGUCCCUGAAGACGCCAAGGAAGCAAAGCCUGCCCAGGUUCUGGUUCAGGCUCCCGAUAUCGACACUCUUCCUACCGUAGAAGCCCUAGAGGCCGCCUGUCUUACUCCCAAAUCAGGGACAUGCAUCCUUGCUCUCCUGCCGGAACAGAAGGAAGCAGAUACUGAUUUCCCUGGCCCUGUGAAGGAAGCACUGAGAAGUCUCUCUGAGAUUGCGCACAAGCAUUCUCAGCGCAAGAGCAACUUAUUCCCCUUCUACAGCGUCCCUGCGAUAAAUACUGGGGCUCAGACGCUUCGCGACGGCUUGGGUCUACCGGCGGAUGAAAACGCUGUGAUCAUUGUCUUGAAUGGACGCCGGGGCUGGUGGAGCAGAUAUGAUCCCUCGAAGAGCGGGGAUUUCGGGAUCGCUCCGGUUGAGGCGUGGAUUGAUGCUAUCAGAUUGGGCGAAGGGUCUAAGGAGAAGCUGCCUGAUGGUAUUCUCGUUGUAAAGGGGGAGCCAGAGAAGGAACCUGAGGAGUCUGUCGAGGAGUCUGUUGAAGACGGGUCUGUCGAAGAGGAAUCUGCUGAGGAAUCUCCCAAGCAGGAAAAAGAGCACGAUGAGUUGUAAAUCGCGCAUGAAAAGUAACUAGUCUUGUACGUUGCAAAAUAAUCACAUAGGUACUGCAUAACGAUGAUAUUUCCAGA